AUGCAGUGUGAGGCAUCUAACGAGUUGGAGGAGAUUUAUAAGCGGUCGAAGAAAUCUAAGCAGCAUAAUAAGAUCAUCAUGUCUAAGCGGUUGGAGACAUCUAAGCAGUACUACUUGACAUAUAUGGACGAGGAGGAUAAGGCCGCAAACAUCAAGAGAACUAAAUCACAUAGCAUCGAGUCUUGGAUAAGCACAAUCGGACUCUCUGACCAGUUAAAAGAGAUUAUCAUGAGCUAUGUGACACUAAUAUUGGAAGAUCAAAACAAACAUAUUGAUACGGAAAACCCAUUCUCUCAUCUUCCCACAACACUUAGAAGAUUGAUUAAGCUCCAUCUCUGCUUACCCCUGCUAAGGAGAGUGCCCUGCAUAUUCAAAAACGAAAGUGAAGAAUUGUUGUAUGAGAUCACCUGUAAGUUUCUCAAGCAAGUGCACUACAAUCAAAGCAGCUACAUUGUUCGAGAGGGAAAACCAUUGGAUUCACUGAUCUUCGUGGUGAAAGGAAUUGCGUGGACCUAUACAAGUAACCAUGGGAAUAAAACUGAGUGUCUUAAGACAGGUGACCUCUUUGGAAGACAUCUUGUAGACUGGGUGCUGGAAUCCCCCGGACUAUUCGACCUUCCCUUAUCAACAAGGACUCUCAAAUGUCAUACAAAAGUCGAAGCGUUUUGUCUUAUGGCUAGCGACCUCAAGGAUAUGAUGUCUCAAUGCUGGUGGAAAUUUAGCAAGUUCAGACACAUCGCCCAAUCUGAUUCGGAAUAG